AUGGCCACCGCCUCUUCGCAAACUUCAAAACAAGAAGUUGGCCCUCUCUUUGACAUGGAGACAGUAUCAGACACGUCAUCACUAUAUGAUGACUCGAGCCUAACAGUUAUUGAGGAGCCAUUGACUCUCUAUCUUGUCAUGGAUGAAGAUCGGACACUUCACAACAUCAAUGACGAUAUCCCUGAAAUCUUGACUCGAUUUAUGGAUGUUUCUGCUUCAAUGUCUGACUCGCACAUUUUGCACCCGGAUUCACAGAUUAAGCAGGACUCUGGAUGCAUCAUCGACCCUCAGCCUGAUUAUGAAGUGCUUGGUCAAGACACUCCAGUUGGAGUUCCCGAAACUUACACAUCAGCUUGGCUUGCAGCACCAUCUGCACAUGUUUCUCAUGACAAAGACGAAAUGCGACUUAUACCUGGACACUUCUUGAUCACAUACACUCCUGGCCAUAUGGUUCUCAAGUAUCGCAAAAGUUUUACUGUUACCCACAAGGGCGACAUCAAGUGUCUCAUGUUGAAUUCAUCUGGUCGUCUUUUGGCAAGCACUAGUACGGACAAGCGUGUGAUUAUCUGGAACUCUACAACUGGUGUUGCACUGCACUUCUGCCAGGGAAAUGCACCAUGUCAUGCACUUUCUUGGACUGGGCAAGACAAUGCGCUGCAUUGUGGCUUCGAAGAUGGAUUUCUCAUAUCCCUAACAGCUAAUGAUGACUUGCAGCAACUGGAAGGAGAAGGAGUGCUGGCUCACAAGUCUUCAGUCACUCUGAUGACAGCCCAUAAACAUGACCUGUACCUUGCUACCGGCAGUAAGACAGAAGUCAGAAUUUGGAUAAGAGACAAACCUGCCAACAGAUGGGAACUUGGAAGUACUCUUCCAAAUCCACCAGAGGACGGAUUUCCAAGGGGACAAGAAGUCAUUGUCACAUCGCUGCAUUGGCUCUACAAUACCGGUUCAACUACAGUCAUUGUUUCAUACCGACACCACGGGAUAGUCUGCUGGAAUAUCAUGGAAGGGCACUAUAAUUGGGUGAUGAGUUUUCCUGGGGCAAUUGAUUAUGCAUCCCUCUCGCCUAAUGAGCACUUCAUUGCAACAUCGAGUUCCAGGCGUGGAUACAACAUAUACCAUAUCGGUUCAAAUGCACCUAUACCUCAAGCCAUUUCUGGAUCUCCUGGAGAACCGUCAUAUCCCAUACUGUUUGCACAUGAAGGCAUGGCCUUGCUUGGAAGAAACCACAAAGGAAAGUGGGCACUGUGGGACGUAAAAAGUGGAAGGAGGAUUCAAACACUAAUACCUGAAGGUGCUGAAUCUACGUCUUCCCAUUGA